AUGGCGACAAAGGAGAGACUUUUUAAACUGGGGCUGCUGAAAGAUACGAAAUGUGAGCUUUGUGGACAUGAUGUGGAGUCACUUGAGCAUAUCAUAUUCAACUGUAAGCACUCCACUAUUAUAUGGGCUGAAAUAUGUAAAUGGAUGCAACUUAAAAAUAGGACUGUAAAUCUCAAUUGUAUAAAGACCUGGACUCAUGGCAAGGGAUGGAGAAAAGGCCUUUUCAAAGCUGUGGCAGCAGAGACUAUAUAUGCUAUAUGGGCUCAAAGAAACAACUACAUCUUUCAUAGAGAUACUUAUACUAUAGAUAGUGAUAGAAAUGUUAAAAAUAUAGUUGAUGUUAUUGUUUAUAGAGGAAGGAAGCAUACCAUCUAUAGAAGCAAGAUUGCUAUGUUACUUAUGUAA